AUGUCAGAGAAGCCACUGUAUACCAUACCCAUAGAUCAGCGACCACCUCAUGGACCGCUGACAUCCAAAAUCUUCUUCCCUCUGAUCUUCAACCUCGCACAACUGGGGAUCAACUCGGCUCAGUUCCUGUGUCUCCCUUUGCUGCUUAUCCCCAUUGUGGGUCGUGGAUGGUUUGACAGUGCGAUUGGCUGGACCAAAGAUGGCUAUGGACGUCUUCGUGAGUCAAUUUCAAGGAUGGUCAAGGCUAAUGGAAGUCAUCGUCAUUACCGUGUUAUUCGGACCAACCUCGCUUGUAUUGACUACCGAUACACCCCCUUCAAUCACGAACCUUGUUGA